CUGCGAUCGUCGGUGACUGAGCCAUUUGGUCUGCCGUAGUCCGCGGCGGCCACCCGGAAGUUUUGCGGGAAGCAGCAGAGGCAGCGUCAUGGCGCCGGACCCCUGGUUGUCUACUUAUGAUUCCACUUGUCAUAUUGCACAAGAAAUUGCUGAGAAAAUCCAACAGCGCAACCAGUGUGAAAGAAAUGGUGAAAGUACAACCAAGCUUACUGUCGCAAUCCGAGCUUUGUUGCAGAAUCUGAAGGAAAAGAUCACCCUUUUGAAGGAAUUAUUGCUGAGAGCUGUGUCAACACACCAGAUAACACAGCUUGAAGGGGAUCGAAGACAGAACUUAUUGGAUGACCUUGUUACUCGUGAAAGACUGCUGCAGGCAUCCUAUAAGAAUGAAGGUACAGAGCCAGAUCUGAUCAGGUCCAGUCUGAUGACAAGAACUACUAAUCGUAUUGUGUCUAACCCAUGGUUCUUUGAGGAACCAGAGGAGACAAGAGGUCUGGGCUUUGAUGACCUUCGACAACAGCAGCAGAAAAUUAUUCAAGAGCAAGAUGCUGGCCUUGAUGCUCUUUCUUCAAUUAUAAGUCGGCAGAAACAAAUGGGGCAAGAGAUUGGGAAUGAACUUGAUGAGCAAAAUGAGAUCAUUGAUGACCUUGCUAACCUGGUGGAGAACACAGAUGAAAGACUUUGUAAUCAAACCAGACAAGUGAAAAUGGUAGACAAAAAGUCAUCAUCUUGUGGAAUGAUGAUGGUGAUUGUAUUGCUGCUCAUUGCAAUUGUGGUAGUUGCAGUCUGGCCAACCAGCUAACAUGGUUUAAGAAACUAUUGCAGAUGGACCCUCUCAAUGAUGGAACCAAAUCCCAGAAAUGCCUUUGGUAUAUGAAGCAACGCUGUAAAUAAAUGGAAUAAUGUUACACUGA